AAAGCGGCGCCCGCGGGCUCAGCUAACGGGGCAGGCGCUAUGGCGGACGAGGCCAUGGAUAGUUACCUGUACUCAGCCUACACCCCCUACUCCUACCGCUACCAGCCGCCAAAGGGCAAAGGGCCCCCGGGCGCCUGGCGGCAGCGGGGCACCUACUUCUCGGGCUAUGGGGACACGGCGGCGGCGGCCGCGGCCGAGUACUUCGAUAACUACCAGCGGGCGCAGCUGAAGGCGAUCCUGUCCCAGGUGAACCCCAGCCUGACGCCGCGGCUCCGCAAGGCCAACACUAAGGAGGUGGGGGUGCAGGUGAACCCGCGGCAGGACGCCUCGGUGCAGUGCUCGUUGGGGCCCCGCACCCUGCUGCNGGCCCCGCACGCUGCUGCGGCGGCGGCCGGCCCCCGGGCUGCCUCGCUGCGGCCCCGCGAGCAAGAGCAGGGCAGCCCCGCCACCGCCACCACCAGGCCCGUGCGCUUCCCCCGGACCAUCGCCGUCUACUCGCCCAUGGCGUCCCGCAGACUCACCACCUUCCUGGAGGAGCCCGAGGACGCGGGGCAGGAGGCAGCCGAGGAGGAGCCGGAGGAGGCGGCCGCCGAGGAAGAAGAGCAGCAGCGCACGGAGGCGGCCGCAGUGCGGGCCAGCUGGGAGCAACCGCCCGGGAGCAGCGCGGAGCCGCAGGAGCCGCGGCCGCCCCAGCAGCAGGAGGCGGCAGAGGAGGAGGAGGCGGUAGCUGUCCCGAGGCAGGAAGGCCCGGUGGAGGCCUCGGAGCGCCAGGCGGGGCAGCCCCAGGCCGCAGCCCUUCAGGAGCCGGGGCAGGGCAAGACCCGCCUGCGCUUCCAGUUUCUGGAGCAGAAGUAUGGCUACUACCACUGCAAGGACUGCAACAUCCGUUGGGAGAGUGCCUAUGUGUGGUGUGUGCAGGGCACCAACAAGGUCUACUUCAGGCAGUUCUGCCGGACAUGUCAGAAAUCCUACAACCCCUACCGCGUGGAGGACAUCACCUGCCAGGUAGAAAGCUAGCGCUCUGCAAACAUCUAAUGUGUGAAGUGAUGCCUCCCUGAGGUCAGCAUGCAGUUUUGGAGAAAAUGCAGGUAAGUAUAUGGGUUGAUUUAGGUGAAAUGGGGAGGCCACCUUGGGUAUAAAUUUUGGGAUGCAGCCAUAAGAUCACUUUAUCUUUGAAAAAUGUGGCAUAAGGUGGCUGUGCCAUUAGGGCACCUAAUUCCCUGACCCAUCUUGCUGACAUGAUGGCAAUGAGGAAGGCCACCUUCAUGGUAAGUGUAACAGAGAACAAGUUGCUAGGAGUUCAAACGGUUUCCCCAUGAGACUGCUGAGAAUAAGGUUAAGAAAGAUCCCAUGUAGGGGCAGGGUCUUUUAGGGUGGGUAAGUGUUUUCUAUGCCCUUUAGGAAGCAUUUAGUAGUUGAGUAGCAAAGACAAUGAGUCCGUCCACCUUACUGUGGAAUGAAGUGAUGGCAGCCAGGGGUCCUCUGAAGGAGCUGAUAACCCCGAUUUCUUAAGGUCCUAUAUAUAGUCCAGUAUCCUGGGUAGUGGGGCCGAUCAUGGAGAAAUAUGGCUGUCCUGGAACCAAAUGCAGAAUCGGGUCCACUGCUAUAUGUAUAUUUUUCGUGUGGUUAGUCUUCAACUGUUUAGUAGGACUUCUUUCACUUCCUCAGAAUAGUCUUUGUAAAUCCCCAUUAGCCAUGGAGUAACCAGGCCUUGAGAUGGAGAAGGGGUAGGUUGGGGUGACUGAUGCAUCUUGAGUCCUGUGUCAGAAGGUGAGGUAUUCUUGGAAGGGUUUGAGGUGGCUUCACUGCCAUCUGUCCCAGGUAUGGGAACCAGGGUUGUCCGGGCCAUGUGGGUGUGAUGAGAAUUAUCCUGGAUUUGUUCAGCUUGAUCUUGUGCAUGACCUAACUCAGGAGUGGGAUUGGAGGAAAUGCAUACAAUAGUGGUGUUUCACAAUUUAUUAGGAGAGCAUCGCCCAAGGAGUAGCGUCCCAGUCCAGCUUUGCGUUCUGAGUUGUGAAUAGCUCUAUAAUGGGGAACUCCCAGAGGUUGAAUAUGGCUGUGAGAGUUGCAUGAUCCAGCUCCCAGUCGUGGGUUUGUGAAAAGUCUCUGCUCAGUUGGUCUGCUGUCAUGUUCUGACAUCCUGGCAGGUAAGAUGCCGAAAUGUCUAUGUUGUUGGUGAUGCACCAGUUCCAGAGGCUAUUGCCUCUGUGCACAGUGGGUAUGACUCUACUCUCCCUUGGAGGUUUAUAUAGAACAUGCAUGCGAUAUUGUCCGUAAGGAUCUUGACAAUCAUGUUUUGGAUCAAGAGAAGGAAGUGCUCGCAUACAUUUCUGACAGGCCUUAGUUCCAGUAUGUUUAUAUGUAGGUUGGAUUCUACUGGAGACCAGAGACCCUGGAUGGUGGUGUUGCGUAAAUAGCUCCCCAUCCCACGAGGGACACGUCCAUAGUGAUUGUUUUAGUAGGAGCUUUCUGUUGGAAGGAGACACCUGAGCAGAUGUUCUGUGCCUGUGUCCACCAUGUGAGCAAGAUCUUUACCCUGAGGGGCAUAGUGAGACGUCUGUUAAGAGAAUGUUUGUGUGGUAUGUAGACAGUGCAAAACCAGGCCUGUAAGCGUCUCAUGUGUAGCCUGGAAGGCUUUACGACAGUGUCGUUUCAGUCACGUGCCCCAAAAGUUGUAAGCACAUUCUGGCCGACGUUUGUGGACUGUCCGUCAUCAUUGUAAUCAAACUGGUUAAGUGAGGAAGCACUGUUGGAGGUAACCCCGCCGUUGUGGUGAGGAAAUCGAGGGAGGUUCCUAUAAAUCCCAGUUGUUAGGACAGGAACCAUGGUGGACUUCUGCAUUUUUAUGUGUAGUCUGAGAUCUUUAAAGAGGAUUACUGUGGUUUGUGUGGCGUUUAGUGCUGCACAUUGUGUCGGUGCCCUUAAAAGACAGUCGUCUAGGUAUGGACAAAUCAUCACCCCACAGUUUUCUGAGGUGAGCUGCAAUGACCAUGAGGACCUUGGAAAAGACCCUUGGAGUGGUUGACAGGCCGAAGGGGAGCACUCUGUAUUGGAAAUGUUGGUGUCUCAGGGUGAAUCACAGGAAUCGUCUGUGCUCCGGGUGAAUGGUAACAUGAAAGUAAGCGUCUUGUAGGUUGAGGGCCGAGGGCCAGUCUCCUUUCUCUAAUGCCUGAAUUAUUGUGGAAAGAAUCACCAUUUUGAAAUGUUGCUUUCUCAAGAAUUUGUUGAGUUGUCCUAAAUCCAGGAUGGGUCUCCAUCCAUCGGUCUUUUUCUGAGUGAGAAAAUAAUGGGAAUAAAACGCUCUCCCCCUGUAUUGAUGUGGUACUUCUUCUACUGCCCCUAAUUCUAGGAAGAAGUUUAUUUCCUGUUGUAACAGGGGCUUGUGAGAGGGGUCCCUAAAAAGGGAUAGGUAAGGGGGGUUGUGUAGGUGGAAAAGAGAUGAAGGCGAUGGAGUAACCCUUCUGGAUAAUUUACAGAACCCAUCUGUCUGUAGUGACCGUGUUCCAGACUGGGUUGUAUGGUGACAGAUGGUCUCCAAAACAGGCUAGAGAUUGGGUUUAGUUCCAGGAUCAAAGAAUGUGGAGGUCUCAUGCCUGCGACCAAAUCUUCAAAAUGAUUGUCUGGAAGCAGAUGGUUGAGACAUGGAAGGCUGAUCUUGGUUCUGCCUGCAUCUCAUCUGUCUCUGUUUACAGCAUUGGUCAUACUGUCUUUGUGGCUGGAUGUAUGGGGUAGUUUGGAAUCACUGGUUGUAAAAUCUGCCGUUUCUUUUUGUUCACAGGUACAUAGAUAUGCAGGGAUUUUAAGGUGGCCCUGGAGUCCUUCAGAGUAUGUAAAGACACAUCUGUGUUUUCUGCAAAGUUUCUGACCCUCAAAGGGUAAAUCCUCAACUGUGGCCUGGACCUCCCUAGGGAACCUGGAAAGGUGAAGCCAGGAUGACCAACGCAUGACCGCAGAGGUAGUGAUGGACUGUGCUGCCGUGUCUGUGAAGUUGAGAGAGGCCUGUAAGGCCAUUUUGGCAAUGAGACACCCUUCGGAGACAUUAGCCUUGUAUUGUUCUUUUUUGUCGUCAGGCAAAUGUUCUCUAAAAUGUCAACUUUUAUUGAACAGGUUGUGUAUGUAUUUAGCUAGAAACGCUGAAUAAUUAGCUAUGUGAAAUUAGAGCGUGGCUGAGGAAUAGGCUUUCUACCUGAACAGGUCUAGCCCAGGGGUUCUCAAACUGGGGGUCGGGACCCCUCAGGGAGUCGUGAGCUUAUUACAUGGGG